GGUAUAUCAGGAAAUAUAUAAAAUGCCAACAAGUACUUGCCCAUCUUAAAACGUUCUCUUUGUCUUUUGCAAUUACAUUAAAUUGUGGAAAGGUCAGAUCAUCAGUAGUUUACAUUGCAAGUGGGUGAGUGUUUUGAUUCGCCUUAAUGAUGGACUUCCUUUAAACGGCUAGAUGCCGUAUGUAGGUGAUGACUUAUUGCUUAGAAGGAAAAUGAAAUCAAUGAAGAGUGCACGAAUAAAUGAUUUAAUUAAUUACGCUUUGUUUAUUUCGUUAACGGUGGAUCUCUGGCAUAACCAAACCGUGAACGGUCAAAUCUGUGGACAUUCAACAAAUAUCAUCAAAACCUGCGGAGAGAAGCUGAUGAACGUCAGUGACGCGUCUCUUGAUUUCUAUACAGAUAAUCUCCAAACAGAUUGCCAUUGUUCGUUGAAAGCUAGUCGGAAUGGACACAUUCAAUUUCAAGUCCUGUCGCAUCCAAACAAGGAGAAUUGUUUUAGCCAAAUUAAUAUUCGAACUGCAUCCAUUUUGGGGGGAUCUCUUAUCUUUAUUAACUGUAAUUUGAUAAGUGAAAAAAUAAACGUACAGGGGGAUAGUGACGUCAUAUCGAUAUGGCUUUCCCAUUCCCGUAACAGAACACCAGUCAAGAACGGAUUUUUCUACUGCCUUAAUAUCUCAAGUAUCGAUCAUGAAAGCAAAUUAAAUUUACGUUGUGAUGAGAAAUCUAGUGCUAAAAAAGAAAUGAACGCACCCUCUUCCUCACAAGACACACCAUUCCUUCUGAUUGGGAUUCUUUGCGGAACAUUUCUCCUUGUUUCUGUGGCGAUUGUUAUUGUUAUUGUCGUCCUACGUCGCCGAAGGGCCAAACGGACCACCAUCCACGCAACACAGGGAACGGUUCAAUCAAACGAUGCACAAAAGACUAAUAAUCCUGAAGCAACAGAAGACGAAAAAGGAGAGGAAACGGGGCUAAAAGAAAACCCUUUGUAUCAAUCCGCAGAUAACUCUCAUUAUACAUACAUUGACUGUAACGACAUCACUAAAGGUGAUGACUUAUUGCUAAGAAGGAAAAUGAAUCCAAUAAAGAGUGCAGCAAUAUAUAAUUUAAUUAAUUACGUUUUAUUUAUCUCGUUAUCGGCGACUAUCUGGCACAAACAAACCGUGAACGGUCAAAUAUGUGGACCUUCAACAAAUAUCAUCAAAACCUGCGGACAGAAGCUGAUAAACGUCAGUGCCGCUUCUCUUGAUUUCUAUACAGAUAAUCUCCAAACAGAUUGCCAUUGUUCGUUGAAAGCUAGUCGGAAUGGACACAUUCAAUUUCAACUCCUGUCGGUUCCAAACCAGGAGAAUUGUUUUAGCCAAAUUAAUAUUCGAACAGCAUCCAUUUUGGGGGGAUCUCAUAUUUCUAUUAACUGUAAAUUGACGAGUGAAAAAAUAUCCGUACAGGGGGAUAGUGACGUCAUAUCGAUAUGGCUUUCCCAUUCCCGUAACAGUACACCAGUCAAGAAUGGAUUUUUCUACUGCCUUAAUAUCUCAAGUAUCGAUCAUGAAAGCAAAUUAAAUUUACGCUGUGAUGAGAAAUCUAGUGCUCAAAAGGAAAUAAACGCACCGUCUUCCUCACAAGGUAAGGAUGUACAUAGAAAAACCUGGAUUGGGCAGUAAGAAUGUAGACGACUGAAGACAGAGUCACGAUAAACGUUAUUAUACUGUACAUAUAUAAAUGGAUAAAAAACAUAUUGUAUAGAAUAUCAUAUAAGACAGUAUAAUCAAUUUGAAAUGAAACGCGACAAGGGUUGACCAAUUCCCCUCUUCAAAAACUAUUUUAAAGAGAGGUAUAAGCGUACAGUACAAUAAAUUGAUAUAUACAUGCAUCUGUUGAUAUACAAGAAAAAGCUGUUGAUGUCCAACUGUAAAAAUUCAAACUAGCAGGGACUGGGAAACAACAAAAAGUGAAUCAGACCCAUUUUUUACUCUCAUUCAAGUUCGACAAAUCGUACAUGUUAUCAUACACGCAAGUGAUAAUGAAACAAAAACGAUCUUCAUUCCGAAUCAAAAUAAAGGUUUGCGGUUUUUGUUUUCGUUGUAACAAAUGCAUAAGCGCUAUGUUAAUAUUGUAUAUGUAUUCAUUUCAUAUUGCAUUUUAGGUAUAAGAUACACACAUUGUUUUUAUCUCAUUACUAGUAUCAGUUCAAGUUCAGCGAUAUCACUGCGUAUACAGGUCAAGGCGAAGAUCUGAUAUCACUGAGCCCCGGAUCAGGGCGAUGACCUGAUAUCACUGCGCCUGUAGGUCAGGACAAGGAUCUGAUAUCACUGCGCCUGCAGGUCAGGGCAAGGAUCUGAUAUUGCCGAAUCUGAAGGGCAAUGGUCAGAUACAUUUAUCCCAAAUGAUAGUUAAUAACAGGAACAAUAUCAAAUCGAAAAUACAUUGAUAUGCUAACUGUAACUACUAUUUUACUAAAAUAACUUCGUAAUUACUCAUUUUACAAUCGUUUCAAUAUUUUUGCUUUCUCUUAAAGUAAUGCCAUACUCGCUAUACGUCACUUGCGAUUGUAAAAGACGGAACCAAUAUCGGUCAGUUUCACCAGUAACUGUUCUCAUUUUACCGUUUUUGACCGUGAUUGGUUUGAUUUAUACCGUGCAAAAAGCGUAUCCUGCAGUGAACUGUAGCUAAUGGCGCGGCAUAAACUUCAAGGAAAAUACUGUAAAGAAGCGAAACUUAAACGUCUAAACAAUUUAUCUCGGGCUAGAGACGCACGAUGGGAUAAGCAACACGCGGCAGACUCUUGCAACGCAACUAAAUUAACACCUAUAUCCAACUACGAUCAUACGUAUACCUGUACCGACGAUCUAAUCGUUUGUCAACAAACGGAGAUCGAACAGGAAGCAGACGACCAGGGAAAGGAAUCAGAUUUGCGAUGUGGACGUAGAAUAGUUGAGUUAGGUGGGUAAAAUUACACAUAGUAUGAUUAAA